AAUGCAGAAAUCCCAUCGACUCGUAAAGCUCGCUCCGAGUUUCCUUGAAGGGAGAGAAAUGGAUAAUACGAAGAUGGCGAAAAGGUUUCAGGGGAAGGUUGCCAUUGUUACUGCUUCCACUCAAGGUAUUGGCUUCCGAAUCGCCCAUCGUCUCGCCUUGGAAGGUGCCUCUGUCGUCAUUUCUUCCCGCAGACAGAGAAACGUCGAUGAGGCAGUUGAAAAACUCAAAGCUGAAGGACUUGAAGUGUUGGGGAUUGUUUGUCAUGUAUCAAAUGCACAGCAAAGGAAGAAUCUGGUGGAAAAGACUAUCCAGAAAUAUGGAAAAAUAGACGUAGUUGUAUCGAAUGCAGCUGUCAAUCCAUCAGUCGAUUCAAUUUUGCGAACUCAAGAAGCUAUUCUUGACAAGCUGUGGGACAUAAAUGUUAAAGCUUCGGUCCUCCUUUUGCAGGAUGUAGCUCCUCAUUUGCAGAAAGGCUCUUCAGUUGUUCUAAUUUCCUCCAUUGAAGGGUUCCAGCCUUCUGCCUUAUUGGCCAUGUAUGGGGUGACAAAAACAGCUCUUCUUGGACUGACAAAGGCUCUUGCAGCAGAGAUGGCCCCCGACACUCGUGUAAACUGUGUCGCACCCGGUUUCGUGCCAACACACUUUGCUGAUUUCCUUGUGUCUAAUGAGGCCAUUAAGAAGGAGGUUGAGUCAAAGACAUUACUCAACCGGCUUGGUACGACGGAGGACAUGGCUGCUGCCACCGCCUUCCUGGCAUCAGAUGAUGCUUCGUACAUUACAGGUGAAACUCUGGUGGUGGCCGGGGGGAUGCCUUCCAGACUCUAGCUCCUUUCCUUUCUAUAUCCUCUGGUUAGUAAAUCUGGUAAUGGAGAUUGAGUUGGUUGGUUUUUGUUGUCAACUAGGAAUUCAGAAAUAAAUAUCAAUAAGCUCUUAUGCCUUCAUCCCUUUACUGGUUAUUCAGAAAUACAUUUUGAAGUUACAUAUACAUAUAUACAUAUAUAUGUAUAUAUAUAUCUCCAAGAAAGAAGAUAGUGCAGUUCUUGUGUGCAAUAUUUAUUAAGUGCUUUUUAUGCAUCCAUA